AUGGAUCCAAGAACAAUUGGAAUUUUGGGAGGAGGGCAAUUAGGGAGAAUGCUUGUGGAAGCUGCAUCAAGACUUAACAUAGAUGUGGUUAUUCUUGAUAAACCUUUAGAUGCACCUGCAAAACAACUUCAAGCAACAAAAUCACAUAUCGAAGGUGACUUCAGAGAUCCUGAUAAAAUUCAGCAACUUGCCAAGUCUGUAGAUAUACUAACCAUCGAAAUCGAACACGUUAACGUUGAAAUUUUGGAAAAAUUAGCUAAAGAAAAAAACACCGUUAUCCACCCCUCACCAGCCACCAUCAAACUUAUCCAAGAUAAAUUUUCACAAAAAACACAUCUUUUCAAAAACAAUAUUCCAGUUGUGGACUUUAUUGAAAUCCAAACAAAAGAUCAAUUAAAUGUUGCAAUUGACAAAUUCGGGUACCCAUUCAUGCUCAAAUCUAAAACAAUGGCUUAUGAUGGUCGUGGUAAUUAUGCGAUAAAUUCUAGUGAUGAUAUAGACAAAGCGCUACAAUCUUUAGGAAAUUUUCAAAAUCCGUUGUAUGCAGAGAAAUGGGCAUCGUUUGAUAAGGAACUUGCAGCUAUAGUUGUGAGGAGAGUAAAUGGAAACAUCAAGAGUUAUCCAGUGGUUGAAACUAUGCAUAAAGAAAAUAUUUGUCAUACGGUGAUUGCUCCUGCUCUGGUUGGUGGAUCGAUUUUAGAUAGAGCUGAAAGAAUUGCAAGGGAUACAAUUCAAACUUUAGAAGGCGCUGGUGUUUUUGCUGUGGAAAUGUUUUUAAUGAAAGAUGGGCAAAUAUAUGUUAAUGAAAUUGCUCCAAGACCUCACAACUCUGGUCACUACACAAUAGAAGCAUGUGAAACUUCACAAUAUGAAAAUCAUUUACGUAGUAUUUUGGAUAUGCCACUUGGCAGCACAUCACUUAAAGUUCCCACUGCAGCGAUGAUCAAUAUACUAGGCAAGUCGAAUGAUUUCCAAGAUAAUUUAUCAACUUGUGCUGAGGCUCUUAAAACACCUGGUGCAACUAUCCAUUUGUAUGGGAAAAGAGAUUGCAGAAAAAAUCGUAAAAUGGGACAUGUCACAAUAGUGGCAAACACGUUUUCACAAUUGUUUGAUAGAAUCAAUCCUAUUCUAAGCACAAUUGAUUCUUCUUCACCUCUACCUUCUUCUAUUCCACUUGUUGGUAUUAUAAUGGGGUCUGAUUCUGAUUUACCAACAAUGAAACCUUGUGCAGAAAUUUUAAGAUCAUUUGAUGUUCCGUUUGAACUUUCAAUCGUUUCUGCUCAUAGAACUCCUAAUCGUAUGGUUGAGUAUGCUACAAGUGCUCAUAAAAAAGGCCUGAAAAUUAUAAUUGCUGGUGCUGGUGGCGCUGCUCAUUUGCCUGGUAUGGUGGCUGCAUUAACUCCUUUACCUGUUAUCGGCGUACCAGUAAAAGGAAAGAUUUUGGAUGGCGUUGAUUCUUUAUAUAGCAUUGUUCAAAUGCCUCGAGGAGUUCCAGUUGCUACGGUUGCGAUUAAUAAUUCAACAAAUGCAGCAUUAUUAGCAAUACGUCAAUUAGGUUCAUUCAUUCCAGAAUAUUUAGAAAAGAUGCAAGCGUUUAUGGCAAAACAAGAAAAAGAAGUUCUUACAAAAGUCGAAAGAUUAGAUAAAGUUGGAUGGGAAAAUUAUUAA